AAAGAUGCCGGUCCAUCAUCUCAUGGUCGGCACCUGGACGCCUCCAGGCGCAAUCUUCACUUUCGCGUUCGACGACGAGGCUCUCACGCUCAAGCUCGUCGCCCGCACCGAGAUUCCUCACGAUGAACCCAUCUCAUGGAUGGCGUUUGAUCAUGAGAAGAAAGCAAUCUACGGCGCUGCCAUGAAGAAGUGGUCCAGCUUCAAGGUCAACUCGCCCACCGACAUUGUCCACCAAGUCUCCCAUCCCAUGCUUCACCACCCCCUCGCAGCAUCCCCCUCGACAAAUACCCGCGCCAUCUUCCUCCUGCCCGCCCGCAAGCCCCCCUACGCAGUCUACUGCAACCCCUUCUACACCCACGCCGGCCACGGCUCCGUCUUCACCGUCGACCCCUCCUCCGGCGCCCUCGCCUCCAACGUCCAAAACUACGAGUACCAGCCCGACAGCGGCAUCCACGGCAUGGUCUUUGACCCCACCGAAACCUACCUCUACUCCGCCGACCUCUCCGCCAACAAGCUCUGGGUCCACAAGAAGAAGAACCCGACCUCCUCCUCCUCCUCCUCCUCCUCCUCCCCGCCGGACCUCGAGCUCGUCGGCUCCGUCGACUGCCCCGACCCGCGCGACCACCCCCGCUGGGUCGCCAUCCACCCCUCGGGCAACUACCUCUACGCCCUCAUGGAAAAGGGCAACCGCCUCUGCGAGUACCUCAUCGACCCGGCCUCCCGCAUGCCCGUCUUCACCCACCGCCACUACCCGCUCAUCCCGCCCGGCGUCCCCGACCGCUGGACCCAGUACCGAGCCGACGUCUGCGCCCUCUCCUGCUCCGGCCGCUACCUCUUCGCCUCGUCCCGCGCAAACAGCUUCGACCUCACCGGCUACGUCGCCGCCUUCCGGCUGGCCGAGUGCGGCGCCAUCGAGCGCCAGAUCUGCCUCAACCCUACGCCUACCAGUGGCGGGCACAGCAAUGCUGUCGCGCCGUGCGACUGGUCCGACGAGUGGCUUGCCAUUACGGACGAUCAGGAGGGGUGGCUCGAGGUGUAUCGGUGGCAGGACGAGUUCCUGGCGCGUGUGGCGAGGGUGCGUGUUCCGGAGCCGGGAUUCGGCAUGAAUGCCAUCUGGUAUGAUUAG